AAUUCAUUUUGUUGCCUCAAACCACACCGUGAGUUGAUAGUUGUGCUAUCUUCCAGAAACGCGCUGCAGGCUGUCUUUCGACGAGGUCGUGCACCGGCUAUCCCACACGCAGGUCUGCAGAUUAUGGUAAAGAUAUCGCGCAAUCCGAUGUUGAUGCCCGUCACCUUGACGAUGCUCUGGUGCCUUAUGGGAGGAUCUCGGGCUUCCCUCUUUGAAUUCAAUCAAGCUAUGGGAAACGAUGGAUGGUCAAACAGCUGGGGAACGGUACCAUCUGCACAGGCCAGUCGGAACGUGCAGCAGCUGCUGCAGAACCAGAAUCGCACAGACGUGCUGGGCAAAAUCCUGCUCGACUCGAUCAGCCGCAACCAGAGCGACGCAGUCGCCGAAGCCGUCCGUUUCGCGCUGCUCCCCAACACGACUGCUCUGGACCAAUCUCGCACACCAGCCUACAAGAAACUGGCAGCCAGCAUUGGCGCUGCCACUGCCCACGCCAUGCAGUAUGCCCGGCAAGAGAUCGACCUGUGGAGUUGCCACAGCAACAGAUGCUGAGAAGUGAGGAAGCGUCGCAACGGCGCUUUUCUUGUGCGGCAGGAAAUAAAUGUCACGAUCACAGCGCCUCCAAACCCAAGUGGCACCAUCCUUCAAUCAGAUCACGACCCUGCAGCGACUGUGAAGCCCCUUGCAAAAGACAUCUUCUAUCCUGUAGCGAUUGGCGCCCUCGAGGCCGUGUCAUACAAAUGCGGCAUUUUCUGCUAAAAGGCAAGCUACGUCCUGCAGACAGGCCGGGACAAGCUGCAGACAAUUAAAGGCUGCCACAAGCCUUCCCCUUGAUUGGAUCUGGCGGGUCCAUCAAGAGGCAGCUGGGCGAUGACUCGUACCUUCUCGGCAAUGCACUGGCGCCAGAGAAGAUUGCAGGAGACCAGUACAACCUUGGCUUCCUUGAAAGGUGCCUCUGGGCUCCAUAUGAUUUCGCCUUGGAGCCUCGAACCUGCAGUGUCAACGCAAAGUAACAGCAUAGCGGCAGAGAAUUAUAUAUGGCAUCCGGGAAAAGCUUUGUCCUGUGUGCCAAUCAAACUCUUGAAGCAAGCUUUUUGCACCAAAGAACUCAGGUUUGCCUUUGCCGCAAGGCUCGAGGUGUGUGCUUGUAAACCAGUGGCUCUAAUAU